CGACCGACCGACCGUUCGUCUCCUCGACUACUCUCUCUCGGUCAAACCGACGCGAGAGGUUAGUUUCGCCUUAACGCGUCUUUCGUGCGGCAGUUCGAGAAGCCAAAGACUAUCGCAAAAUCGACGAAAAAGUCGACGCCGAUAACCACGUGACAAUAAGCGCGUGUCGAUGUGCUCAUAACCUUCUCUUACUUUUGAAUCGCACGUCGAAAGUGAACGGAUUAACACCUACAUAAUAAAUUAUAUGUGAAAAAGUGAUAAUUCAAGGUCAUGUUGCAUCAUGGGCUGAAUAUCGCAUUUUGGAUCGCUGAGCGGAGGCCUCAUUAACAUCAGAGCGGUGGAGUUGCAAUGGACAAAGAAAAUGGAAAGAGCAGCGAAGGUGGUACAGGCUCCAGCAAGCUCUCCAAUCCUACAGAUCCAACGGCCUUGCUUGACGCAGCUAGUCUCUUCGCUUAUUGGCCACGAGGUGACGCAAAUUCAGCAAACGCAGCUAGUUUGUUCGCAGCAAGUACCGCUGCUGCAGCCGGCGGCAGUGCCCCAUACGGCCUUCCACAUCCUGCGAUGCCCUUCGGGAUGUUACCACCGACGCCAGGUCGUGGAGUGCCCGCUUUUCCGCCGCCUACAUCAUCGAGCCCGGCGACGGCGGCCGCCGCUGCCGCCGCUUACAACAAUGCCUACACGAACACGCUCUCGGUGGCGGCAAGUCAAGCAGCCAGUCUCGGUAUACCAGCAGCAAGUGCUGCUUGGUGGUCAAUGGCAUCCCAUUUGGCCGCUCAAGACUACCUCGCUCGUCUUCAAGCUUCUGGUCUAAGCUUUCCCGGUUUAGGUAAUCUAUCAGAUCCAUACGCAGCUCUCGGUCUGCCUUCCCUGGGUUCCCAUCACAAAUCGUCGAAGAACUCGAAAAGUUCUUCAUCGUCGUCACUGCCAAAACUCCAGCAGGGAGGAUCCUCAGUUUCCUCGAAGGAGAAGUUGUCGAAUUCGGUUUCGAAUAAACCGGAUGUGAACCGAAAGUCCAGUUCCCCCAUGCCGAACAGCAAGGGUUCUUUGUCCUCAACGACCUCCUCCCAGAAAUACUCUUCCUCCAUGAAGUUGCCAGCUAGCCUUGUUGCAAGUACCGUGAGCGCAACAUCCACGACGAGCUCUGCUUCAAACGGGGAAAAGAAAACUAAGAUAGAUGGGUAUGGGAAAAGUCCUUUGGAAAAACCGAAGAACUCCCCAUCACCGUCUUCUAGCAUUUUUACAAAUCCACUUAGUAUGGCCAGUAAUGAUAAAGUUAUGGCGAAUGCUCCUACUCCACCUCCGAGUACUAGUAGUAGUGCUCUUCCAAGUAUACCAGCAAGUAUUCUUAGCGCGGCUCUUGAGGGAAACGGUGAUCCAAACUCUAUCCUUGGAGGAGUGCGUCUACCUCCUGACACUGAAAUAAUAAAAUACACAUCGUCCAUAGUGGGCCCAAAAAUACCAGGAACAACAAACAGAGGCAGAAAGAAGACUAUCUCUUUGGAUCCACCGUCGGUGAGUCUCCAUCCAAGCCUAUCAAGCACAGGAAUGCUAAUAGAAAGAACAAAUAAGAGACCAAAGAUGGAUCAUUCUGAGAUGGUCUCGCCUAGUUCACCCAACGACAGAGUGGAGGUGAUAAAAUUACCGACGGCCAAUGGUAGUCCUUCAGGAAUUACGACUUCAACCCCGUUUAGCAGUGCAACUACCAAUAACACCAGUGUUGAGUCAACCCCCGAAGGACCUUUAAAUUUAUCAUUGAAGCCAUCUACUUCGACACCAUCGAAUCACACUAGUUCAUCGCUAAAUUCUUUAAGUAAUAUGUCGGCUAAUAUAGGAAUAGAUAGAAUAUCUCGAAGAAAACCUGGUCCAAAACCUAGAAAAGUAAUUCAAUCACCGUCUGUACCUUCGAGCUCGUCCGCUUCAUGUCUAAGUCAACUUUUCUCGGCAGUUGAGGCUUCAAGACCUCCUAGUCGAAACGAUUUUUUGGAUAGUUGUUCUUCGUCGAAUACAUCGCCGAAUCUUUCCAAUAGAGGAACGGAACUUCCAAUGCCUUCGAAUCACAAAGAUGGAAGGCCAAGGAAUUUGGGUCGAGGCGUUAGUAAACCCAAGAAAAAUACAGUGGCGUCUCUACUAGCCCAAAGUAGAGCAUUGGACUUUUUAGGUAUAAAACCUAUGCCAAUACUGGACCCAAAUGCUCCCAUGACACAACAAAUGUCACUGUUGAAAUCGAAUAUUUUAGCCGCACAGUACAUAGCGGAAUCGGGUGGUGACGAAAAAACAUUAAAUAAAUUUUUGCAGGAAAAAUUCAGGGGUACAUUAAGUGACUCGAGCACAGUUGAUGCUUCAACAGAUUCUGAUAACCUUACAGAUUCUAAUCAGACUGAUUCGGAGAUGGAAAUCGAAACUAUCGCUAAAAAGCAGAAACAUUAUGAUGAAAGAGCCUUAAGGCUACCGCUUGAACGAGGAUGGAAAAGAGAGACGGUGAUAAGAGGCGUCUCAAAAAGCGGUUGCGUUAAAGGCGACGUCACAUAUAUUGCCCCUGAUUCAAAUAAUAAAUUUAAACAAAUGUCUGAUGUAUCACAGUACUUGGAUUAUCAGAAGAGCUUAGACCUAAGCAAAGAAAAUUUUACCUUUAGUAGUCGUGUGAUAAUUGGUGACUACAUCCAGCCUAUGUCUUCAGAACAUGUUAGUGAAGCUGAUGUUUUAAGAUUAUCUGAAGACGAAGUUUUACGAAGAUUGGACGAAAUCAAAUCUACAAUGAGAACGAGCCUUCCAGUGGAACAACGAAUAGAAGUGGCAAGAAGACAACAAGCCGCCCGGGCAGCUGCAAGAUUAGACAGAGAGCAAGCUCGAAUUCAAAGAGAAAUAGAGAAAUCUGAAAGACAAGAAGCAGCUCGGCGAGAUCGAGAGGCGAAAUCCCAACAACUACUCGAGGCAAAGCGUAAGCGACAAGAGGAGAUUGAAAAGCAUAAGCAGGAAGAGCAACAACGAAAACAACAGGAGAGAGAAUUGAAAAGACAACAAAACGCUAUCCUUAAAGAACAGAUGUACAUACAGGAGAUCAGUAAACAGCGAGAAAUGCUCUACACUGUCGAAUUGGAGAGGGAAAGAAGAAGGCAACAUCUAGCAUUAGUGAAAGCGUUAGAAAGUCGGCGAAAAUUAGAAGAACGCGAACGUAAAAAACAACAAAUUUUAGCUGAAAAGCAAGCGAACAAAGAAAAAAAAUUGGAACAAAGACGAAUCGAAAUGGAGAUAUUAACUGAGCUUAGGAAACCUUGCGAAGAUUUAGAACUCGAUCAAAAACCAUUACCAGAAUUCACAAGAAUACCAGGGUUAAAAUUACCUGGAAAAGCUUUUGCAGAUGUUUUAAUGGUUUUUGAAUUUUUGCAUAAUUUCGGCGAAACUUUAGGUUUCGAUAUGGAAAGUUUACCGACUUUAGAUUCUUUACAACAAGCACUUUUAUACAACGAUGCGAGUAAUGAAGCGGAAGAGGAAUUAUUAUCCGUUAUGACACAUUUAAUAGUGUGUGCGAUUGAAGAUCCUGGAAUUCCAAAUCCAGCCAGACACACGACAAUUCUCGGUCAAAGUUUAAGACAAGCCGACAUCACCCACGCGAAUAUCUCGGAAAUUUUAAGAAUAUAUCUUUAUGCGAAUGCUACUGGAGAAGUUAAAUCUUUAACGGGCGUCCAUUUUGAAAGGGACCGCGAAAAAAGAGUUGCCGACCAUCAUCAAAACGAAUGCGAAAUGCAACAAACACAAGCUGGAAAAAACGCGACUUAUUACGAAUUAUUACACGAAAAUCCUACUUGGAAAAUGUCCGAUUUACUUAAAGAUAAGCCGUUUCUUUCGUUAUCUCCGACUCAUAAAGCAGCUAUAUUAGCGUUCCUUUGUAACGAGUUAUUACAAAAUAAAGCCGUUAUUCGACAAAUCGAAGGUUCUUUAGAAACCGUCGCGCAAUGCAAAAAAGAAAAAUGGUUAUUGGACGCAAAAAUUAGAAAAUUACGAAUGUUGCAUAGCCGCAAAGUUAGAACAGAAGCAGUUGAAAAAGCAGUCCAUCUCAAAAUUGAUGGAGAAUCAGUUGAAGGACCAAUUGAUUCUCCAGCCACAACACACAAAGAAGACCCAAUCAUAAUGGAUCACGAAGAUGAAGAAAAUGAAAUGAGUGAAAAUGAAAGUGUUAUCACGCAACCAGAAGAAGAGGAAGAUAAUAAGUUGUCUGGCGAAGAACUAGGUAAAAAAAUAGAAAAAAUACAAAAAGCCUCAGAGGUUCAACUUCAAUCAUUAAAUUCGUCUGCACAUCAAUUGAGAGCAACUUGUUUUGGUCAAGAUCGAUAUUGGAGAAGAUAUUGGUCCCUUCCCAAAGCUGGUGGAGUGUUUGUAGAAGGAAUGGAAUCUGCAGAACCUGAGUUUUUGGAAGAAGUUGAAAAAGAAGACGAAAUUAAGGCAUCCCAAGAUGUUAAAAGUUUGGACGACGUAAACAAAAUUUUAUUUCAAGUUGAACCAAUCAACGACAAAGAAGUCGACAAAGAAGUUAGUAACAUUGUUGGUAACAAUAACGAAACUAAAGAGACCAUAAAAGAUGAGGUAAAAGAACAAGAAAAGGAUAGUUUGGAGGAUAAAGAAAACAAGAUGGUACAAGAAAAAAUCAUCGAUGAUAACGAUAACGAGCAUCGCAAAGUUACAAACCGGUUAGAAGUGAUAGAAAAUGGAGAAAUAACCGAUUGUACAAAUCAUAAUUUAGAGGAGUUAAGAAAAAGUGUUGAUAGAAUUGUUCAAAGUUUAGAUAAGGAAAAGGAACAAAAAAUGGAAUCUCAACCAGAACAAAUAAAUCAAACAAUCAUAAAUGUAACUGAUCCAAUUGUAACAAACGUAAAUGAGAUAAAUCAUAUUACCGAGAGCAGUAUUAAAGUGGAGGUAAAAUCUGAGCCAGAAAUCGAACAAAUCACGAAAAAGUUUAAUCUUUUCGAAAAACUAGGCGAAUGCAUGGAAAGGGAGAACAAAACCGAGGAAGAUCUCAAAGGUGAUGUAAAACCGGAAGCUAAAGAAGACUUAAAAAAUGAGAUUUUAAAUGAACUGAAAACCGAUAUAAAGACUGAAAUUAAAACCGAACCUGACGAAGACAGAGAACACGAUAAAAAAUGGUUUAGCAUCUUACCUAAAGACGGUCAAAGUUGUAAAGGUAUAAAUCUUACAGCCGGAAAUCGUUGGGAUAAUGGAGUAGGAGCUUGCACCAGAGAUAAUCUCACAGAAUUAAAAAUCCCCGUUUUUCCACCUCCAAGUUGUUCUUCCACUUACAUCUCAUCAAACUGCGACAGUCCAGCUCCGUUACAAAUGACAGCCGAAGAAAGCGCUCAAUUGGAAUACAUAAAAGUCCAUGGACUACCAAAAGCUUGCGAAAGAGCCACCAUACCUAAAGACAAAAGAUUCGGUUGGUGGAGAGUUUUAGAAGUUGAACAACUCAAACAAGUUUUGGAUAACCUUCAUGUACGCGGAGCAAGGGAGAGGGAAUUAAAGAGGAGUGUUUUAACAAUUAUGCAAAUGAUGUAUGAAGAUCCUUCAAAACUUCACAUUGAAGAAGGUCAAAAAGAAAGUACUGAAUUAACUCCUGCUGAUUGUGAACCUGUUGAAAUGUUGGAAGAUUUGAAUACACCCGCUCCUGAUCGAUUACAUGCAUGGAGUGAACUUGUAGCUAAUAGAGUUGAUUUGUUUCUUCUUGAACAAGUAGAAGCUUUAGAAGAUAAAGUAGCAAAUGCAAGUAUGCAAGUAAAAGGAUGGAGACCGCCAAGUCGCGAAGAAAACGAUACUCCUGAUGACAUAGUGUAUGUGGCAAAAGAACGAUUACGAUCGCUAGAAGCGGCUAUAGAACGAAGGUAUUUGAAACCUCCAUUAGGAGCCAGUAGCGGGGAUCCGAAUUUGGCAGCAAUCGCCCAGGAGGCGGCCGGGAAUCCAGCCCCGGUUCAGCCACCGUUGCCUUUUGACGAGGUUCCGAAAGGUUUGGUUGUAUGGCGAGAGGCGAUCAUUCGGUCACAAACGUCAGCGCAACUCGCGAUGUGCUUGUAUUCCCUCGAGGCGUCCAUCGCUUGGGAUAAGAGUAUUAUGAAAGCUGUGAGCCUACCUCAUGUCUUUAAUAAACAGAGAGCUCGCAAAUAUAACAGCAAGCUGAGUAAUUGUCAGUUUUGUAAUAGCGGCGACAACGAAGAUAAACUCCUUCUUUGCGAUAGUUGUGAUAAAGGUUAUCAUACCUAUUGUUUCAAGCCUAAAAUGGAGAACAUCCCCGACGGUGAUUGGUACUGCCACGAAUGCAUGAAUAAAGCAACCGGGGAAAGAAAUUGUAUAGUGUGUGGUAAAAAGCAAUCUUCAACUGGAACCCGAUUAAUUUUAUGCGAAAUUUGUCCUCGUGCUUAUCACACUGAUUGCAUCCAACCAAUACUAUACAAAGUACCGCGAGGUAAAUGGUACUGCAUAAAUUGCAUUUCAAAGAAACCCCAAAAGAAAACGAUGAAACGAAACAAAGUUGCUAGAGAAAGCGAAAGUUCUGAUUUGCAGCAUCCUCCAAGUCCUGCGCCUUCGCAUAGCUCUGUUACGACGAACGAGGACAAUAAUUUACCGAUACCUUGCAAUCAAAGUGAUGUGUCUAAUUCGAGUUUAACGAAUACUGGGUCGCCGUCGACGACACAAAAUGUAAAAAAAGACAAGUUUACUAAAAAAUUAUUGAAGGAACUAGCACCGUGUAAGGCGAUAUUGGAAGAUUUGGAGUGUCACGAUGAUGCGUGGCCAUUUUUACUUCCAGUUAAUACAAAACAAUUUCCUACUUAUAAGAAAAUUAUUAAAUGUCCCAUGGAUUUGUCAACAAUUAAGAAGAGAUUACAAGAUUUAUAUUAUAAAUCAAGAGAUGAAUUUUGUAUGGAUGUAAGACAAAUUUUUAACAACUGUGAGACGUUUAAUGAAGAUGAUAGUCCAGUGGGAAAAGCGGGACAUUGCAUGCGUCAGUUUUUCGAAGCGCGUUGGAAUGAGCUUUGUAACUCUCAUAGUUGAGGAAUACUUUACCCCAAGAGACCGUAUCAUCGGAGAGUGAAAGUGACGAACAAUGCGGUUUAAGUUAAAAAAAAAAAGAAAUUAAAAUUGGUUCGGUUAUUUUAUUAGUGAAUUUUACCCGUUUUUUUUGACUAUUUAAAAGAUAAAAACGGUAGAUUAAUGUAUAUGACAAAAUAAUUAAUAACAAUACAGGUAUUUUCAAGUGUGUGAUAUAUAUAAAAAAAAAACUGAAGAAAAACAUUUAUACAAAAAAAGGUAUACCGAUUUAAAGCUUGUUACUGUCCAUAAUUUGUAAUUACUUGUAUACAUUCAUCGAAACAAAACGAGAUAACAUUAUUAAUUACAUGAAGAAAAAUGAGAAGAACACGAUGAUAAAAAUACGUGUUGUGUAGUUCAAAAUGUUGUGAUUUAAUAUUGAAUUUUUUAUAAGGACAUUUUUGCCGAUUUGUAUUAAAUUUGAAAAGAAAAGAAAACUUUUUAGUCUUAGUUGUAACCUCUCACGAUUUGUAUUGUAUUUUUUACACCUUAUUUAAAUGUUAUUUAUUUGGUAUGUAGUCUUUUUUUGUAAUGAACAAAAAAGUCGUUUUCGUACGUUUUUUUUUAAUUGCUAGUUUUUAAUGAGAUUUUUCUAUUUAGUAUUUAUUUUUGGCACCCCCAGUGUUGCUGAUUCUACGAUGACGACCACGUUUUGAAUAUGUGUGAGGGAGAAUACGCGUUCUCUAAUAAAAUUAAUUUUUAAGAUUGAAAUUAAAUAUAAUGAAAAAUAAAAAAAUAAAUAAAAUGUUUUCACUGACGGUACUGAUAAAAACAAAAUGAACAAAUUAAUUGUACAUAAUCAUUCCGUGCUUGCUGAUUUUUGCAUUUUGUAAUAUUCUAUCAUGAUGAGGAAACAUGUUGUUGAUAAUUAUAUUGUAUAAAUUGUAAGAUAAAAACUCUUUAUAACAAACAAAAAAAAGAAGAAAAAAAUAUGAGAACCACGCUCAAUAUUUAGAGAUUGUAGUAGAUCAAAACGAGAUCUUAAAAUGACUCAUUUGUCGUCCUCUUUUCCUCCUCUUCUCUCUAUCUAUCUCUCUGUCACCUCUCAAUUCUGCCCAUUUUUUGGAUUUUUGUGAUUACACAAAAGAUAUAUACGAACUACUAAAUGUGUUUGUAGAAUAUAGUUUUGUUGCAAGGACUAAAGAUAUUUGCGAAAAAUGAAUUUAGAACCUAGAUGUGUAUUUCGAGUGUAAGAUAUUUAUAAUAAUUAUAUUUAAUUAUAAAUGUCA